CUUUUCCCUUGACAGCUGCGGCCGAGGAUUAGAGCAGUAGGCGCAGAUUUGUGUCCGUCGUCUGGGCGAGGUGGGUGUUGCGGUGGCCAUGGUGCGAUCCGGACAGAGCCUCCUCAAGUGGUGAGAGGAGGCAAAACCCCUCCUUGCUGUAGAAGCCGUCUCUGCUUCAGCACUCCACCAAGCAGCGAAUAGAAGAAAAAGAAAAGCGGAAAGUCUCAUUAAAAAAAGGAAAGAAACAUAAGAUUUCAUUGCGUAACAGUCUGGAUCUGUGCCUGGAGCAAUUGCAACGUCUCCCAGUGGAACACAAGUGGACACCAUGGUGGAUUACUAUGAAGCACUGGGGGUGCCCCACAAUGCCUCACCAGAUGACAUCAAAAAGGCGUACAGGAAGAAAGCCCUGCAGUGGCACCCGGAUAAAAACCCAGAUAACAAGGAAUAUGCUGAGCAGAAAUUCAAGGAGAUAGCGGAGGCCUAUGAGGUGCUCUCAGACAAGAGCAAGCGUGAGGUCUAUGACCGAUAUGGCAAAGAAGGGCUCAUGGGUGCAGGUGGGCCCAGUGGGUCCAGGGCUCAUCCAGGGCCGGAAUACACCUUCACUUUCCGCAGCGCCCAUGAUGUCUUCCGGGAGUUCUUUGGUGGGCGAGAUCCUUUUGCUGACUUCUUUGAUGAUCCGUUUUCAGAUCUGCGUGGACCUGGACCCCGGCAUCCUGCGGCGGGGACAUUCUUCUCUCCCUUCCCAGCAUCACAGGAGUUCUUCACCUCUACACUUGGUCCUGGCAUCAAUGCCGGAAUGGGCUUCCGCUCCGUCUCCACCUCCACAAGGUUUGUCAAUGGCAAGCGCAUCACUACCAAAAGGAUUGUCGAAAACGGGCAGGAGAGGGUGGAAGUGGAAGAAAAUGGGGAGCUGAAAUCCAUCCAGAUUAAUGGUGUUCCAGAUGACUUGGCACUUGGCUUGGAGCUAAGCCGGCGGGAGCAGCAGGCCCUGCAGAACCGUAAGCCGCCAUCUUCUCCCGUGGCGACGCCACCUCAGCGCCCGCCUCCCAAGCGUCCAUCUCCCAGCUCUUCUCCUGUGAUCUUGUACACGGACAGUGAGGAGGAAGACGAGGACCUGCAGCUGGCUAUGGCCUACAGCCUGUCCGAAAUGGAUGCCAAGAGCCAGCAGCACAGAGCAGGUGCGAGAAGCCCCGCGAAAAAGCCGCUCUCCCCCGGAAAAACACAGUUGCCACAGGGGAGUCCUGCCACGGACGGCCAGGCGGGCGGGCCAUCUAAGAACCCCUCGGGGGUUGUGGGAGGGGGCGAGCGGGGAAAGGGCAAAACCCGAGACUCUUCCCCCAAGAAGAAGAAGGACACGCACUGCCGCCUCCUGUGAGCAAGCCUGAGAGGGGUCUUCAUUGGCCGGUGCGUUCGGGACCCUGGCCAAUGAAGGAGCAGAGUUGUUCCUGGAGGACCGCUGGGAUGUGUCAUGCGCGGGAUUGCCGAAAGGCCCAGCCAGUCGCAGCGGUGGCACUGCUGAGUAAAGGGCAAAAGCAGAUUCUGUCAUGGCUUACGUGUAAUAUGGCAUGGAGAGGCGUGCAGCUCCUUCGCUUGGAAACCCUGGUGCCUUGCACAAGUUCAGACGGCAUUGCCUGCCUUGCUGCCGUUUUAUUGCAUGGCUUGGCUGCAUGGCCCUAUCAUUCCUCUGUAUUAUAUGGAUUUACCAUGUGGUGGGAAGGGUUGUUAUUGGCUGCCACUGCUUGCCCACUUCCCUGGCUCGAGCCCUGGGUGUGAUGGGGGAAAAAACCUUGCUCCCGCACCCUGCUUUUGCACCAGCUUAGCCUCUUGGCCGAGUUGGCUCUCUCGGGUUCUGUUCAAAGUGUGCUGGCUUAAAUGGGGUUGGCGUCACCCUGGAGCCUGGUCUCCAGAUUUGCCCUGGAGCAGACAGGGAGAUGGGGACCUCCUCUGCAUUAACAUGCUCUCUUGCCUGCUAAUCCCAGGAUUGUGCCUUUCUGCUUUCACAAACACUACAGUGGAUGUUCCUGGUGGGGGCAGUGGAGAGGGGCAGCAUGAACAGAACCUUCUUGCGUCAAGGCAUUAGCAAGUGCAUGCAAUUGGGCCGAAGGUGGUGUCCAUGGAAGGUACAACAUAGUGAGUCAGAGCAGAUUCCAGGAGGGCAAAGUGUCAAAGAGGGUACAGCCUGAGAGUAAUACUGGCAGGCAGCCCAUCCUGCUCGUACUCCUCCCACUCCCCCCGCAACUCAGACUGCUGGUGCCCCAAUGUAACUGGAAAGGCAUGCCCUCUCUCCAAGUGAAUGCUGGAUUAGAGCAACUUUCUCUACCUGCCGUGGCAACGGGCCGUGGAGCACCUACACCUUUGUCUCUGUGAUUUACCAAGCGCAUGACUUCCCCCGCUUGCAGACCCAGCUCAGCCAUUGCCUGCCCUGAUCCCUGCUUCUUGGUAUCUUGCAGCAAUCACAUACUUGUGCUGUAGUCUCAGCCCCUGCACCUGUUUGCCUGAGAGGGUCUGGAAGGUUGGCUGGGCCUCUAUCACCCUGUGUCGCCCCCCCCCCCCCCCCGUGGCAAGCCCUGGAUAAGGCUUCGGUGGAUGCUUGACGUAGGAAUGUAACUUGUUGGUGCCCUCUUUUUCUUUCUCUGCUGCCGCUGCUGCUUGUCUGCUCACCUGCCCAUCCCUCCCUUCUGUGCUACCCAUGCCACAGACCCUGAUGGACAGGCAUAUUCUGUCUGAUGCCCCUCCAUGCUGCCUCCCUGCAGGUAACCCUCAAAACAUUCAUUUUACCUCAUCAGUUGAAAAGGGCAGAACUCUUCAGGAAUGUUUAAUAGCAGGGCUGUGUAUAUUGCUUGCAUCCCUGGCAUUUGCCAUACAAGAGAACCUGUACGUUGCCCCCACCCCGGGCCUUCUUUAAAGGGAGGUUUUGGCUGCCAGGAUGCAUUGAUUACCUGUGUGUACUCCCCUUCAUUCUCUUCUGUCACAUCCAUUGAAAACUGCCUUGUAGAUUCAAGAAGAAAACUACCCCAUGGAACAAAUACUAUGAGCUUAAUUGCAUUCUUGUGGCUGCAGAUCUUAGGUUGUUUGGUUGCAGUAUGUUAAUCUGGGUUGUGGGCAUCUAUGAAUAUACACAGCCCUGAUGAUUUUGCUUUGUGGAAAACAACCUGUCCCUUACUCUACGCAUGUGCUGCCCUGCAGACCGAGUUCCCGGUCCCUGCCCCUUUCUCAAGGAAACGCCCACACCGCUUACCCUGUGUGGGGAGAGAUCUAAUCCAGAGGGUGAGGAAGUGGCUGCACCCUGUGAUGGUAGCCUAGGAACUGGUUCAUUAUGAACUUGAGUUGUUGCAAUGUCUCUGAUUCAGGGGUGGGUGCUGAAUAUAGGUAGGGGAAAUACUGGUUGCUCCCCAGGUGAGCUGCAAGGAUUUCUCACUGGCAGUUGCUUAAGAACAGCAACAACACAAUGGACCCCUCCUAAAUUAUGCUGCUAAUAGAAGGAGCAGUGGUUGCAUUUUUGCAUGGAGGAGGGCUACUCCAGUUCUGAUUCUUGGCAUAAAUCCCUGGGUUCAGAGUCACCCAAUUCUAAGUGAGGCUCCUCUUGAGGUUCUAGGAAAAGAAACCAGAGUGGAUCCUGUGUGCCUGGAUGGUGUCCACUCUUGCUGAAUUCCUAAUAACUUCCACAGAUGCGCUUCAUGUGGAACUGAGCAAAGGCUGAAGGGUUGUGGUGUGUUUCCACGGGUGAAAAGGAGGGAUCAGGCUGCCUAGGCGGGAGAAUGCCUUGAAAAGCCUUUAGGCUACUACUUGGAGGGAGAACCGGCUAUAGGUAACAACCAUCAAAUGUGGGUCGGUGGGUUGAGUCGGCCUUGUCCCUGCACACACCGCAGGGCCCACCCUCUCUAUCAGCACAGCUCCCGCCCAUGUUCGCUCACCGUGCCUGAGGUUCGGUGGGUAAGUGGACUUCGUCCAUUGGAGGACAGCAUCCCAGGGCGGCCAAAGGCCCUGUGCCCAUGUCCCUCCUCAGGGCAGUUUGCCGCAGAGCCCUUGCGCAGUGUCAGUCCUGUAGCUGGGAAGGCUGCUGCGCAUCGGAGCCACGGGCUGUUCUUGUGUGUGCAUUCCUUACACUUUGCAUGCUCUGGAGCACCUCUUCUUUCCCACAGUGCAGAACAGUGCCUCUUGCAUGGGUAUGUGGCAGCCAUGCCUUGAUGCUCAACCCACCAACUCCCCCUUUCCAGUUCGACACCUAGAAUAAGCUGUAGGAGGGAGGCCCGUGCUCGGCGGAGCUGUCCUUGCGGGCAGCAGGGGAAUGUGCGAAGGCCAGCCACUGCUUGCUGUCACCUGCUUCUCACUGCUGUCUGAUUCACUUGGAUGUCUGUGUUUUCUCCACUCCCCUCCCUCCUGUCCUGUCUCCUUGCUUGUUUCCCCAGGUGUGUUCUGAGUCUGGAAGAGCCAUGGGGAUUGCCUCUCUAGCAUUCGUGCCCACAGAAGGCUACUCAAGCCUGGACUUCGCUUUCUCUUCCCUUCUCAAGCCCUGCCUGGGGGGGACUGGCAGGGGCCGAGUGUGCACCUUCCUCCCCAUUAGCUCUCUCUGCUGCAUCUCAUGUGGCACUUGCUAGCUCACGAAGGCCGGGUUGGGCUCAGCCUGCCUGCUGUCCGAGCAGCCCUGCUGCAUCUCCUGAGUAGCACCAGGGAGGAGUGCAUCUGGUGUGUAGUUCCCCGUCCCCAGUGCCCGCCCUCCCUCCAUGUAAGAGGCGAUCCUGGCCGAGGAGUGAAACGGACUUUGCUGUGAGGGUGCUCGAUGGCCACCUGUGCGGUGGGGGUCCCAUAGGGCCUGUGAUGGGUGUGGAGGGCAAGAUGCACCUCUUGAGCAUGGCUGCACUGUGCGUGUUGAUGGUGUUACAUGGGCAUGAGGUGGGUGUUGGAGGGCGGCAGCAAGGGCGAGCGGCUUUUCGUCCCAUGCCAGGGCAUUCCCUUUCUGUGCGCUGGCAUCCCGAUGCUCCAGAGAACCAAGGGCUAUAAACCAAAUUCCCCCUGUGAGCAGCAGGGACUCUUCCAGACCGGGCCUUGCAGUGUGAGGGUGAGCACGUGGCAAUCUGCCUCUUCUGCCAGCAAAGAGAGGGCUGUGGCUCUCUCCCCUCCCCCCCCCCGCCCCCUUCCUGUGGCAGGAAAAUCCAGGGCUGCAGUAAACAUGUCUGUUACUUAGAAGAGUGAAAGUGGUCUCUUUUCUAACUCAAAGUGAUUGCCCAGUAUAGAAUGGAAGACAUUUAUCAAUAAACCUCUUUGCAAUUAA